AAAAGAAGAACACAGGAAACGGGAGGGAAAAGCGGGGAGGGAAGAGGUAUCAUAUUGUUCAUUUCUCUCUCUCAGUCUGCCAUCCCGGUUGCGGGGCUUAUUGCUCGGUGCGUCUUCGAGAAAAGAGAGAGAGAGAGAGGAGGGGGUGGACAGAGCGAAAGAGGGCGGAAUGCCCCUUUACAAGCGUCGCAUCUGACUAAAACAGCGGAGAAGCUCGUAAAUCGUAAAUUGGACAGGGGGAGACAUUGGUUUCUGCAACGCCAAGGUGAUGUUGGAGAGCUUUAAAAGAGUCUCCAAAAAUCCGACAGUGGGUUCAAAUCCACGCUGAUGUGUUGGCAAGACCACGGAAACCUCAGUUGGAGCUAGAUGACUAAAGGCUCCACUCAGUUCCCAACUUGAAGUUAAGAAAAAAGAGGCACUUGUCUGCAGGCUCCCAAUACUGGUCUUGGAAACAUUAGGAAAAUAACAAGCUAAAGGUUAUGCAUGCACUGCAGGCAUAACUCUGCGUUCCUCAGCCAAAUCUAUUUGCAAAGAAAAUUGUACAUGUCGAGUGUCCCCGCUGUGGCUUGCAAAUUCAACAUGGCCCAGAACGUCGAGAGUCAAGUUCAAUAAAGGGAAAGUGAGAGGGGUGGGUGUCGCUCAGUCAUACAUGGGCACGUCAGUCUGGUCUCUGUGAUCCAGGCCAAGGCACCCUGCAGAGCCCCUCGUGUUCUUCCUUUAUUGCUGCUGCCCCCUCCGCCUCCUUUUUCUCAGUUCACACCUUGAAAAAGGUGGACGGGCCAACACUAUACUUACCUAAGCGCCGUCCAGUAGGUGAGGGCGGCAAGGGCUGCGCUGUCAUUGGCUGACUGCUGGUGAGAGUGCAAUGCGGAUUGGAGGAUGUCGGGGGACUGGGAUGAAGACCUGUGUAAGAAGGCGCUGGUGUUGGUGGAGGAGCUGUGCUUCAACUCGCCCAGAGGUUACAGCCAGAGUGAACGCUGCCAGGAGUUCAGCUACCUGCUGAGAGGUCGCAACAGACAGCUGGACACAGAAAUCUCUGUCAGUCUGCUGUCGGUCAUCGUGACAUUCUGUGGCAUCGUCCUCCUCUCUGUCUCCCUCUUUGUCUCCUGGAAACUCUGCUGGCUGCCAUGGAGGGACAAGGAGGGCGGAGGCCUGAGUCUGACAUCUGGGUUGCUGCCCGGAAGCGCCGGUGUCGGAAGCCUCGGAGGCACCGGGGGCUCGUCACUCAUACCCCCCCUGCUGCAGAGGAAGGAGGGCCACUCCUCAUCCUCACUCUACCCCUCCCUGGGCCAGCACCACCCCCAUUUCUCUGACCUGGUCGGGCUGGAGAGGGGGGAGGUCGGAGGUGUGGUUGGGGGGCCGCAGGACACCCAGGAGUCCUCCUACCUGGACAUGGACUCCUACCCCAACAAUGCUGGAACUCUGAAGCUGAGUCAGACAUCUCCCGAUGUCCCCAACGCAGAGGUGGGAGCCCAGCCCCAUAAAGACCUGCCCAAUGCUCAUUCCCAGCAGCAGGUCACCGCCCGGACAGUGCCCAGCGUGCCCAAGCCCAUGACUCACCAGCUCUCCAGCCCUGAUUUCCACGGCGAGGAGAAGGAGCAGGUAACCAGCAUUGGGCAGAUCAAACCGGAGCUCUACAGGCCCAAGGGCGAUCAGGGCGAAGGCAAAAAGGGUGACAACUGCGGCAAGAUCAGCUUCCUCCUGCGAUACGCCUUCAAUACCGAGCAGUUGGUGGUGAAGAUCCUGAAAGCUCUGGACCUGCCAGCCAAGGACGCCAACGGCUUCUCUGACCCAUACGUGAAGAUCUACCUACUGCCAGACAGGAAGAAGAAAUACCAGACCAAGGUCCACAGAAAGACCUUAAACCCAGUGUUCAAUGAGACGUUUCAGUUCGGCGUGCCGCUGAAUGAGCUACAUUCCAGGAAGCUGCAUUUCUCUGUGUACGACUUCGACCGCUUCUCCAGACACGACCUGAUUGGCCAGGUGGUAGUGGACAACCUGCUGGACUUCAGUGAGGGCAGCGGGGACAAACCCGUCUGGAGGGACAUCGUGGAAGGCACCGCGGAGAAGGCUGAUCUCGGGGAGCUUAAUUUCUCGCUGUGUUACCUGCCCACUGCAGGCAGGCUUACUGCUACAAUCAUCAAGGCCACCAACCUCAAAGCCAUGGACCUGACUGGCUUCUCAGACCCGUACGUGAAGGCCUCUUUGAUCUGUGACGGGCGAAGGCUAAAAAAGAGGAAGACUUCUAUUAAGAAGAACACACUGAACCCCACGUACAAUGAGGCGCUGGUGUUUGACAUUCCCAAUGAAAACAUAGAAAGUGUAUCCAUCAUCAUUGCCGUGAUGGACUAUGACUGUAUUGGUCAUAAUGAGGUUAUAGGGAUGUGUCGUGUGGGCAGCGAAGCUGAAGGUCCAGGGAGGGAGCACUGGACGGCCAUGCUGGCCAAUCCACGCAAACCAAUAGAGCAUUGGCAUCAGCUUGUGGAGGAAAAAGCAAUUGGUACUUUCGUGUCGAAGCCUGCAGCAUCCUCCCCUAAGCCGCACAUCGUUGUGGACAGCCCUCACUCCGAUUAAAACUGUCAUUAUCAUCUCUUCAGCUCCAGACUUUCCUUUCUUUCCUCUCAUCUGUGAAUAAUUCUCUCCAUCAAAAGAAAGAGAGACGCGGAGACACUGCAAGUGUCCAAGUGCUAGUGCUGUUUUGCUCCUGCUAAUGAAUCCUCCAAGUCCUGUGCCGUCUUUACCAAGCCGGGGGGGAGGGGAGGGGGUGGGGGGUGGUGGGGGACAACAUCCAUCACAAGCUACACUUUGAGCAUCAGACUACACAUUUACAAACACUUGCAGACACUUAAUGGUACAGUAUGACCGAUUUGGGGUGUAAAUUUGGGAUCUAGCAAGGGAACGAACACAUAACUCACACACACAAACACACACACGAACACACACAGAGUUUGUAGUAUGUGCGUAGUUCAUGUGUGCUUCAGAUUAGUGUAGUAUUUCAUCUAGGAGGAGUGUGAUGUGACAGACUUUUCUCUGUUGAAAACAAAAAAAAAAGAAAAAAGAAAGCCAUCAUAGAAUGGCCAUUUCAACCAGGACCAAAGGUUCAUGCCCCUGUACAGACUAUAAAAGAAGAAAAUCACUAUGUCGAUAUUUUUCUUUGCAAUAUUGGUGUACAGUAUGUGCCGUACUGUAUGAGAAAACAUCCCAAGUAGUACUUAGCAGGACAAAACAUUUGAGGUGGAUUCUCUUGGCCAUUUUGGACGCCUUCUCCAGGCUCCACAUCCUCUUGUUUCAGACUUUACUUGCUUAUUUUCCCCAGAGGAAAGACGACAAAGCAUCCAGUGGUCUUUAUUGAUGUCAGAGGAGUGAAAAAUGAGGACAGACUCAUUGGUUUAAGCAUGUUACGCAACUUUGAAAUGUGUCCCUCUUCCUCAUGCUUUUUGUCACCGUCCUCAUGGUGCUCAUCAGUAUUUUUUAAAUUAUUUUACUCUGUUGUUUGUGUGAUACAGUACAUGUAUAACCAUCAGGAAAGGAGUUUAUUCAUGCCAUUUUUUACAGUCCACUGAGGAUGCGAUGGUGCGAGCUUCUGAGAGACAUGGACUAUCUGAUCGUCCUCUGCUUUCUGGCCAAACUGGAAGACUUUUCCUAAUGUAGGACUACACGGGUUGAUUGAAACCUGCGUUUAGGAUGGGACCAGCAUCUGUUUGGAGUGCACUCGCUAGAGGAUGUAUCCAGCAGGGAAGGAUAUCACCACUCCAUUUUAUUUUUAUAUCAUUCCUGGACUUUAUUCUUUUCUUUUCUCAAGACGUCAUCAUCCAGCUUCAACUGGGAAAAUUAUUAUCUUCAAGUCCACAUCAUGUCCCUGACAAGACUUUAGAAGGACACACACGUCCGUGUUGCUUUUAUUAGUGUGUGUUUCCGUGUUUGUGGGCGUGUUUGUUUUGUAUUUGUGCGCGUCUGUGUGUGUGUAUGCCUGUGUGUCACUGUGACCUUGUGUGUGACACGUUUCUGUGCUCACUCCCUCCCUCCUCCUUUUUCCGUGUUCGCCUCCCUCACUUCCCAAAUCCCGGCAUCCACAGACUGAAACACUUGUCUCGGAGCCAAACGUGUCUUCUGUCCCGUGUCUUUACAAGGAGCCAUUUUGAGUGUGUGUGUUUGUGAGUGUGUGUGUGAGAAUGUGUGUACUAUACGUGCCUCAUUGCACUAGGUGGGGAAACACUGUCUUUCAUAGACAUUAGUUUGUAUUGUCUAUGUCGUCUCUGAAAUCAGCUGCCAAUCAUUCAGCCCUUCUCUCCUCUCUGACCCUUUGCCUGAUGUAAGUAACUGUGUUGAUCAUGUACUUCUUUCAGUAAUUUGUGUACUGUAUGUCCGAGGGAAAAACCAGAUGGCACAGUGAUUGAAUUGAAUUGUUGGGUGUGUUUUGAUUAAAUUUAAGAGAAGAACACAAAAAAAGAAGGAAACAAACAUCUGAGGCUCAUUUGUUACGGCCUACAGAUCACGACAAAUUUAGAUCCCCUUAAAGCGAGACACCAGGGAGGAGGUGUUGUGAGAAAACAAGCGCCUGGAAUUUCUGCACUUCCUGUGUAAACCGAUACAGACUUAUAAAGCCGUCACAGCUACUACGACUACUACUGUAACCUCAGCAAAACAACAGUACAACACCUCACUACAGCUACUUGUAUUGCUAUCGUUGCCAUUUCUCUCUCAUCCUCUCACACACACACCUUUUAAGGGAGGAGUGUGUGCGUGUUUCAGGGUAGGGAUCUCGUUUCUUUCUCUUUACCUUUGGUUCGUGCUCGUGCAGUGAAACUCACCAGAGUGCUUGCUGGUUAUACGGGAGGAACCGUUUCAUACCUGCAAGUAUUCUGUGUGGUAUGUCAGCUGGGGGAAUUAUUGACCAGCUUGCAUAAGUAGAUAUGGUAUUGAUCAUCGGUCUCCAGGCCCCAUAAUUCUCUCUUUCCCAGCCUCCUUCUCUCUGCCUGUGUCUACCCUAUUUAGCCCCAUGUGUUACUGCCUGGUGAUAGAUUACAGAAUUCAUAGUGGAAACAGCACAUUCCCUUCUUCUCUUCCUCCCUCUGUACGCCACCCCCCUCUCUUUCUGUUUCUGUCUGUCUGAUUACUGUCUGAUUACUCAUUCUCUCCUCCAGCAAUCCUUACCUUUCCUCCCGCUCCACUCUUUCACCUCCCCCUCACCUAUCCAUUUCUCGCUCUAUUUUUCUCUCCCCCCCACCACCUUCCAGCUCCUUGUGCUAUCUCACAUCCCUCCAUUUUGCCCUCUUUCUUUCCGUGUAUGACACCCCCCUUCCGUCCUCUCUAUUCUCUCUCGCUGUCUUCUCGUGUUAGUGCAGUUCUGAAUGGUCAUGGGGAAUCAUGUUUGCAUGCUUAUAUUAACAUGAAUGAUGUCAACUUGAUGCAAUGAAAAAUUAUAUAAGUGAUGCUUUAAGCAAAAUCUGACAAUGAACUUGAUACUAAUACUACUAAUGACGACUAAAUGGAGACCUAGCAAUUGUUUAUCUCUGUGGUCAAAAACAACGAUGAUGAAAUAACAUUGUUUAUGCUGUAUUUAUCUCGAAAUUGGUAUUCUUUUUUGAUUUUCAAUUGUUUUUUUUAUAUAUGAUUUAUUCAAGAGGUUUACUUUUUUAUUGGUUAAAGCUGAGAAUUUGAGUGAGGGGUUCAGUCAGGGCGAUUGUUUCAGUCGGGACAGCUGUACCAGGUCAAAGGCUAUCGGUGAAUGUGUAAGUAACAGUGUGGCUGAAGCAAUGAUAAUGGAAAUAAAGGAUAUGUAUCAUCCA